AUGACGGACGUUCCGUCCACGAGUGAUACCAACGAUCUCCUUCCUGAUAUCGAUAUUCUAGUGAGUUAUGCGUUCAAUGUACUCGUACAACAUGCUUUCAGGGCGAACCAAACAUCAACCUUCUGAAGACUAAAAAGAAAACAUAUUCGGACAAAAACGUGAUUCCGGACGAAUGCAGAAUAUGCAAGAACCCAGCAGUAGGCUAUCAUUAUGAUGUAUGUUCCUUUCAUAAUCUCAUUCAUAGAAUGAUAAUACUCUCAGGUGGCAUCUUGCAAUGGCUGCAAAGCCUUUUUCCGUCGAACGGUCAUAACUGGGAGACGAUAUCAAUGCUCGAACGGAAAUAAAUGUUUGGAAAGGGAAGAGCCGAUUGGUGAGUUGAAAACUCAAGUUAAAUUUAUAGUUGAACUCAUUCAGCAGCUAAUAAAAGGGUCUGUGGAGCAUGUCGAUUUGCGAAAUGCGAAGAGAUGGGCAUGAAUCCGAUGGCAAUCCAAGCAGAAAUCAGUUCAGAAGGGAAGCUAAUGAAAGAAGAGUUAUUGAGGAAACGGAACGCUGAUGGUAUGCCUGUAGUGGUGAGAAUUCUUGCAAAUGACCGAAAAUGUUUUCAUAACGAUUGCAGCGUCUAAAUGUGACGGACGAACUGAGUACCAUGAUCGCAAAACUGACAAUAGCUGAGUCACAAAUCGAGAAAUUGCACACCGUGAACUUACCCGAGAACUAUCGAGACUUCCGCUCAUUGUCGGACAUUCUGGUCAUGCAUCCGAUCUUCGAUGUCUCAAAGAUUCCGAAUAUGUCGUUUCUGAUGAACCAGUAAGUUCGGGUUCUUGCAAACUUCGCAAACUUUCCACUUUCAGAACAUUUCCGGUUUACGCUGGAUUCGCUCACAACAGCUUCCUCUCAGUUGUCGAAUACACAAAACUACUAGACUUUUUCCCUCAAAUUGAACUCGAAUCUAUUCGGAAACUCAUUGGACAUGGCUCCUUGAUUUGCCGGAACAUGAUAAUGUCGUUCGAUUCUCUGCGCAGAUUCAAUUCGGAUACAAUCCGUCGUCAAGAUGGCACGAUCGCAGGAAAACCACUUCGGAACUACAAUGGAGUCUGGGUCGAGCAUCGUAAAAUAAUCCAAAAGACGUUGCACGCGUUCAUGCGGAAUGAUCUGGACAGUGUCGAGUACAUGCUCCUGAAAGCGAUAGUCAUUUGUAAUCCAGGUCCGUUUCCUUGCUCAUUGCCCUCAUAACCUUUCUCUUCCAGCUGUUGCUGGAUUGCCUGUUAAGGAUCAAAAGACAAUUGAGCACCAUAGACUUGGUUAUGCUCAAAGCCUUCUAACUUAUUGUCUCAAACAGCACGGACAGCGUCACGGCCCAAAUCGCUUAGCUUCGUUGCUCUCAAUGAUCUCAAUAAUGGAGCUCCAGCAGCGGGAGGAAAAGGGUGUCUACAUUGUGUUCCGCGCGUUCUAUCGAUCAGCCGCCGUUCUAGUCAGUCCUUUGUACGAUGAGAUUAUGGAAUACACAUGAAUGAAGUCGUCUUGCAAAGUUCAGAGAUUAUCACAAAGAAGACACAACACUAUGACGGACUCUGGAAGAUCAUUCAGAAGACGUUGCACAGCCUGCUCAGGAACAAAGUAGACAUUGCUGAAUGCAUAAUCUUGAAGGCAAUCGUAUUCUGUAAUCCAGGUGAGUUUCGAGGAUACUCAUUCUGUUUCAACUCUACCCUAUUUCAGCUGUACCUAGUUUACCGGCUACCGACUAAUCUCGAGCAUUCCACCGAAUGGAUGCCAUCCUCGUCAGUCCGUUAUGCUUCGUGAGGGCUGUGCGUCGAAUGAGUCACUCGGAUGUUACCUUGUAAAUACAUACAUGUACAUGUUUCAUUUGUGCGGGGAGGAGAGCAAAGUUUUGUUUGUGAAUUGAACUAUUUGACCAGUUGAACACUACCCGUUACUAUUAACACCCAGUGCCUCUUCAAUAAACCUUUUAAAACAGUCUGUCUGAUUUCAUCGAAACUCAAAACGCCAUUGGAUCUUGUACUUCUAGUAGGAUCUGAUAAGCGCGCGCGUCCGCGAGAGAACCUUUUCAUCAAGGUUGGUUUGACCUGACCCAAUAUGCAAAUGGCAACAGAACCUAUUGAAGAAAAGUAAACAAUCCUCUCUCCUCUCACACUCUCACAACACAUUUUAUUCCAUUUUGUGCUCUCUGCCCUCUACAUGAAUUUGACUAACGAAACUAACGCAAAUUUCUUCUCUUUCCGCUGCAAACACAGUCGAGAAUAGAACAAACACAGAGAGUUAGCCGGCGGUGAAAGAAGAAUUACAAAGCGUGGCGACGAAAGUGCGAGAGAAGCAGGCGCCGCAAAUUCGUCAGCGGAACCAUUGGUCUGACCGUCUCACUGAUGAUGGAAGUGAACGAGUGGGCAUCGACGAGUUGGCAGCCGGCCACCGAAUCGAAGCAUACUGUAAGUGGUGUUGAUCUCCAAAGUUCUCAUUCGAUAGCAUUCAGAUCUCAAAGACUUUCAAAUCUCUGCCGAAGAACAAGAGCCCCUCGACAUGUCUUGUCUGCCGUAACCGUGCCGUCGGAUAUCAUUAUGACGUACGUCUCUUCACCUCCUUCUCUCGCUAAUUAUCACUUAUCACUAACCUUCUUCAGAUUCCCUCGUGCAACGGGUGUAAAACAUUUUUCCGGCGGACAAUCCUUAAUGGAUCCGCACUGAAGUGCAGUAAAUUGACGAAAUGUUUCGAGGGAUGCGGUCCAAUCGGUACAGUUUUCGUUACAAAACGGGAGAUCAUUAAAAAGUAAAAGUUACAGACAUGUCUCGCCGGGUUUGCCGAUAUUGUCGCUUUGAAAAGUGUAUCGAGGUGGGAAUGAACCCGAUGGCGAUCAACUUUGAAGUGAAAACCGAUGGAGCACAGACUCUGAUGGAUCAGAUUAUGAACAGGAGGGCGAAUAAGGGAUUCGUGGCGAGUGCGGUAAGAAGGAGGAGGAAGGAAAUGAGAUUGUAUGGAAAUGAGAUAAUUGCAGGGUGUAACAACUCAGGAAGAUAAAAUUAACAAGAUAAUCAACAAGUUGAGCAUUGUGGAAUGCAAAAUAGACAAAGUUCACACGGACGGAAUUCCCAAAGGAUUCGAGGUAACUUACAGAGUCUGAUCAGCAGUUUCCAACAAUGUUUCUUUAGGAUUGCCGGAGAUUAGAAGACAUUCUCAAGGCUAAAGCGAUAUUCAACAACAGAGACAUUCCAAAUUUGGUAAAAAGCACCGACAAGUGAGAUUAAUCAUGUAACGAGCAACAAAUCGUUUUUAAGUGUUUACAGACCAUCAACAGUUCAUUAUGCACACUGCAGUUUCCUGGCAAGUUUGGAAUACUCGAAGACGUUCGACUUUUCUAAGAAGUUAGAUCUGGAGGACAAGAUUAUCUUGGUGAAGCACGUGACUGCCGCUUGCUCCAACAUGAUCACCGCAUUCUUCACCAUCAGUAAUUUCCGGUCCGAGAGGCUAAUGUUUCCGGAUGGUACCGAGGUUGGAGCAAAUAUGGGAAAGCUUCACAAGAUGUUGAAUCUGAGGGAUGAUGUUCCUCAUCGAACCCUCGCAAUGCUUCUCCGAAAUCGAACGGACCGCGUCGAGUACAUGCUCCUGAAGGCCAUAGUCAUGUGCAACCCGGGUAAGAGUGAAGUUUCCUCUCCCAUAAUUAGACUCUCUUUUAUUGCAGCUGUUAUGUCGUUAUCAGAACGAUCACAGAACAUUUUGGACGGCGAGAGGCAGAGUUAUGCUUUCUGUCUUCUGCGAUACUGCCAAAUUCAGCACGGGGCUCUGAAUGGUCCUGCUCGAUUCGCGGGACUUCUCUCAUUGAUUCCGAGCAUGGAGAUCGAAGUAAAGAACCUAAAAGACUUCCAUUUGUACAUAAAAGCAAUAUUGGUCACUGAUCGGAUUCGAGCUGUCCUACCCAGUGGAAUGAAGGUUACCAACCUUUUUGAUGAUAUUCUUGACUCCUGA